AGUCACUGCACUGAAGAAGCUCCAAGUAGCUUGUGGUGGCGUUUGGAUCACUCAGAAGUUUUAUCCUGGAAGAAGCUGACUGAGCCAGGUGUUUCUGAGAUCAAUUCAGGUGAAAGAAACCAGCUAAAAGUACCCAACCACCAAAUUAUUAUCUGAGAGGAGUCACUGUUCCACCUUUCCUAGCAAGAUGAACCACAAACACCAUCAUGGAAUGCACCAUGUGGAAGAAAAUACCACUAUGAUGCCCCACCAUCAUUCAUCUACAGACUCUCAUGCUCAUGGUGGGGGAGGAGGAGGACACAUGAUGAUGCCUAUGACCUUCUAUUUUGGAUAUAAGAAUGUAGAAGUGCUGUUUUCUGGAUUAGUGAUCAAUACACCUAGGGAAAUGGCUGGGGCAUUUGUGGCUAUCUUGUUAGCCAUGUUCUAUGAAGGCCUCAAGAUAGCCCGGGAGAGCUUGCUUCGUAAGUCCCAGGUCAGCAUUCGUUACAACUCCAUGCCAGUCCCAGGACCAAGUGGAACCAUCCUUAUGGAAACACACAAAACUGUUGGGCAACAGAUGCUGAGUUUACCUCACCUUCUGCAGACAGUGCUACAUGUCAUCCAGGUGGUCGUCAGCUACUUCCUUAUGCUUAUCUUUAUGACCUACAGUGCAUACCUCUGCAUCGCAGUAGCAGCAGGAGCUGGAACUGGCUACUUUCUCUUCAGCUGGAAGAAGGCAGUAGUAGUGGACAUAACAGAGCACUGCCAUUAAUGCCAGACUUUAGAAUGUGGCCUUAUUCACCACAAUGGGAAGCAGCUGGAGACUGGGAGCCAAUUUUUAAGUCCUCCCUUUGUCCCUCCAUGACCCCCUGCCUCCCAACACUUGCAGAUCAAGGAGGUUUACCUACUAACCUCCAAGCUGGAUGGUGCCCUCCCCAAAAUGUUGAUUUCUGCUAUUAGGCUGAGAUCCUCAGUUCUC